AUGGAACCAAGAAGAACUUCUAUGGUCUCUUCAGACAGUGAUGAGAGUCCUAGGAAACACCAAUUUAAGAAACAGAACAGUAUGGGUUCAAGUUUGUUCUUCGCAGCUGAUAGGAAGAAUACACAAAGCACAUACCUUCCUCAGGCAAGAUCAGGAAAUCUUUCAUUAUUUGAUGCGAAUAAGAAUGCCUUAAAGAGAGAUACUGGUGGUGGCAAUGCAUAUCAGAGUACAUUCAACAUCGGAAACCUAAAAGUAAUCAACACAAACCUUCCUGAAAACUUUGACGUGCGCCUAGUCCGUAAAUAACUAUCAAGACUCAGAUUCUUGUCAACUCUGUGAAGUAAAAUUCUCUUUGUUCACCAAGAAAAAAAGACACUGUAAAAGAUGCAGUAGGUGCAUCUGCAACGACUGCGGCAGUAGCAGAAGAAUCCUCUCCAGAAUAGACAAGAAGAAAUACAGAGUUUGUGACAGAUGAGACUUUAAACUUGAGAACUCUGAGUUUGAAAAUAACUAUAAAGGUAUUCUCAAGGCUGAGAAUGAGAAUAUUGAUAUCCAGAAAGCGAUCAUACAGAAGUUAUCAAAGGAUUUAAAGGAAGAUAUUUAUAUACCCAAUAAUGAUGAGGAGAGGGAGAAGGAGAAAUAAGGAUUUUGAUGAAAAGUUUAAAAAUGAUGUAGAAACCUUACAGUAUAUUAAUAGGAAUAAUACUCUUUAUCUGAAGAAUGUGAAGUAUGCUGAUAAAAGAAUUUCUGACUUAAAUGCUCAAUUAGAGGAUCUGAAAACUCAGAAAUAUUACUGUCAAGAAAAUCGUAAGAAAAAUGAACUCGAGUGAAAAGCUGUUGCUGACCAACUUAAAGUGACCCACAGUGAUUUUGAGAGAUUUAUGAUAAAUUUACAGCAAAGCUUGACUGAGGAAACUCUUGAGAAGGCAGAAGAAGAACCCCAAAACCUUACUCCACCACCAGCUCCUGUUAAUACAAAUGCCCUUAAUGCUGUCAGAAAAUCUAUAGAAAGACAAAAUUUGGGAGGGAGGCUUCAAGAAGAAGAGAAGUACUCUAAAGAAGAACCUAGCCAAAAGAAAAGUAAUUUCGACAAAGAAGAUGACAAGAAAAGAUUAGCAAAUAUUGAGAAAAUCAAAAAGAGAGAAGAGAACAUAAUUAUUGAAGAAAGAGAGAGUGAGUAUUUCGGCUCCCAAAUUUCCAAAAAUCCAUAAAUAUCAUUCAAAAUCCUCGCUUUUUGAUAAACAGCUUUCCCUGACUUAUC